CGGGGGGGCUCGGGGGGCAGACGGGCAGUGCAAAGUGCAGAGCCUGGGCAGUCCACGCGUCGUGGUUUCUGUUUGCAGACGAAGGAUUCGUGUUUCGCUGUUCCACUGAAAGAGUUAUUAAUUAAUUAAGAGGGACUGGAGCUGCGCAGCCGGGAUGACGCUUCAGGAGCUGGUGGCUCAGGCAACCAGCCUGCAUUCGGAUAGAGCAGCAGUUUGGUUUGAUGAAUGCACUGGGAAACCUCCAGCUUUCCACACCUACGCCACAGUGGUUGAGCUGGCCAGGGAACUAACAGCUUUCCUUCAGAAGCACUGUGACCAGCAAGGCAAAUGUGAAAUAGGCCUUUACUGCUAUCCAGGGAUAAACCUGCCAUCUUGGAUCUUAGGAAUCCUUCAGGUUCCAGCUGCCUAUUCCCCUGUUGAUCCAGAUGCACCACCAACCUUAUCCACUUACUUCAUGAAGAAAACCAAUCUGCAGUAUAUUCUUGUUGAGAAUGACAAAAUAAACAAAUUCCGGAUGUCCCAUGUUGGAUAUUUUUCCCAUGAUUCUUCCACAAUAGAACAUAUUGGUUUAACUCUCUUCCAAAUGAGCUCAAGUAACACUGAUUUAAAUUCACAAGUUGAUGAUAUGAAAAGUAAAUGUGAACCUUUCAAAGCUGUGGGUAACUCACAGCCAGGAUAUACCGUUUGUCCAGAUCAAACCAAAGUAAAAACAUCAGAAGGAGGAUCCAUGGACGUCAGACGGAAAGACAUUUUAGCAUAUGUCUUGCAUACAUCAGGAACUACAGGGAUCCCCAAAAUAGUCAGGGUGCCUCAUAAGUGCAUAAUGCCAAAUAUUCAGCAUCUUAAAUCCAUAUUUGAGAUCACACAGGAAGAUGUGCUGUUCCUGGCGUCUCCUCUGACAUUUGACCCAUCUGUGGUUGAAUUGUUUGUGGCUCUGACAAGCGGAGCCUCUAUUCUCAUAGUACCAAACACUAUUAAGAUGAUGCCUGCGGAGCUCUCUGCUGCUCUGUUUCACCACCACCAUGUGACAGUGUUGCAGGCAACACCAACACUUCUCAGAAGGUUUGGAGCUCACAUUAAUAAAUCAACAGUGUUGUCUGCAAAUACUUCACUUCGUGUCUUAGCCCUUGGGGGUGAAGCAUUUCCUGUACUGAAUCUCUUGAAAAGUUGGAAGCAUGAGGAGAACAAAACAAGUAUCUUUAAUCUCUAUGGUAUUACUGAAGUGUCAAGCUGGGCCACUUGCUACAAGAUUCCUGAAGAGGUUUUUCGUGCUGAUUUUAGAACAGAUUUUCCUAUACCUUUGGGAUCACCGCUUCUUGGAACAAAAGUUGAGGUCAGAGAUACCAGUGGAUCUGCAGUUCUUGAAGGCGAGGGACAAAUAUUUAUAGGUGGUGAAGAACGAGUCUGCUUCCUUGAUGAUGAAAUAACCGUACCGCUGGGUACAAUGAGAGAAACAGGAGAUUUUGUAAGAGUGCAGAAUGGGAACUUGUUCUUCGUGGGUCGGAAAGACAAUCAGAUUAAACGUCACGGCAAACGUUUUAAUACUGAAUGUUUGCAGCAGGCUACUGAAGAUCUUUGCCAGGUAGAAGCUUGUGCAGUGACCUGGUAUCAGCAAGAAAAACUUAUCCUGUUUGUUUUACCCAAAGAUGAUUUGGAAGAGAAAGAAACACUUAAAGAACUCCAGAAGCAUCUACCAGCUUAUGCAGUCCCUGAUGAGAUUGUAGUUAUUAAAGCUUUGCCUUUAACAUCACAUGGCAAAGUUGAUAUAUCUGAACUGAACAAGAUUUACCAGAACCACCUAAACUCCAGAAGGCGUGACAGUAAGCUGAGUGACGCAGAGGAAUUGUGGGAAAGAUUGCAGUAUUUAUGGAAGUCUGUCCUCGGUCUUCUGGGUGAUUCCACUGAAAUUUCCAAAGAUGCAGUAUUUCUGUACAGUGGUGGAGACUCCUUAAAGGCUCUACGAUUUUAUGGUGAAAUUGAGAUGCUCGUAGGCAAAGCUGUGCCUGGACUUCUUGAAGUUAUUCUCAGCCGCUCGAUUGAAGAGGUUUACAGACAUAUUCUUAAAAUGCUCAUUACAGAUGAAGACCAAUUAAUGAAUCCUGAAAAUGUUGUGAAAAGAAAAUUAAGUCAGAACAGUGGAGAGGAAUUCCGUGGAAAAAAUAUUAAACUGACAUCUGAAAUAGCUCCUGAGGUUACUUCAGGAUUAAUUCCAUUUAUUGCACUAAGCAGAGGAAAUCAUUUUUUCCCUGCGAAUUUCACCAAGGCUUAUAUGCAACCCAAAAAUACGGUACAGGUGGGAGUGGACGUGCUACAGCAGCCAUCCUUUCUGCAUUCCGAGGCUCCAAGUAUAAUGAAAAGCCGCACAGAAGGGUAUGAAAUGGGAGAAAGAAUUUUAACAGUUGCAAACAAGGCAAAUAAGAACGACUGUUCCUCUGUACAGCAAAUCCAUGCAGAAUGUAGUCAAGCAACAAUGGCAGAGUUGGCAUUGUCCGUAAGGUGGAAGUCAAAUACAAGGAAGUGUGUUGAUGCCUCACCACUGGUUAUAAUACCAUCUAAGGAAGAAGUAUCUGCAUGUGUGUAUGUGGGCUCUCACUCUCACGCAAUGCAGGCCAUUGAUCUAGAUUUGGGAAAAAUAAUGUGGGAGAAGACCCUUGGAGACCGUAUUGAAUCUUCUGCCUGUGUAUCCAAGUGCGGAAAUUUCAUUGUUGUUGGUUGUUAUGAUGGCUUAGUGUAUGUACUUCAAAGCAGUGAUGGAGAAAUACAGUGGACUUUUGUCACAGAAGACACUGUGAAAAGCUCUGCAGUUGUAGACCCUUCCAGUGGACUGGUCUACAUCGGAUCACAUGACCAACAUGUAUAUGCUUUGGAUAUUUAUAAAAAGGCAUGUAUAUGGAAGUCACACUGCGAAGGUGGGGCUGUGUUUUCAUCUCCUUGUCUAAGUUCUUUUCCACAUCAUCUCUAUGUUGCUACUUUAGGAGGACUACUAUUGGCUGUUAAUCCAGUGACAGGGAGCAAGCUUUGGAAAAGCCUCCUGGGAAAACCACUCUUCUCCUCUCCUCACUGCAAUGAGAACUACGUCUGUGUUGGGUGUGUGGAUGGAAACUUAUAUUGUUACACUCAUUCUGGAGAAAAGGUUUGGCAGUUUUCCACUAAUGGGCCAGUGUUUUCAUCUCCAUGCCUCUCAAGUUUAACUAAGCAAGAAAUAUUUUUUGGCUCCCAUGAUUGCUUUAUCUACUGCUGUAACAUGGAGGGUAAUUUACUGUGGAAAUUUGAAGCCACUUCAAGUGUGUAUGGAACACCGUUCAUUUUCCAAAGUGAUGACUUAAGUAACAAAAUUCUUUUGGCAGCAGUAUCUACAGAUGGCAAAGUGUGGAUCCUGAAUGCCAAGACUGGAACAGCACAAGGAGUAGAUAAGCUUCCAGGAGAGGUUUUCUCUUCCCCUGUAGUAUGGGGAACAAAACUUGUUGUUGGCUGUAGAAAUGAUUAUGUUUAUUGCCUAGAUCUGUAUAUAACAGGAAAAAAAUAACAGUUAAGUUGUUAGGCUGCUUUAUUUUUAUUGUUUACAUUUGUAAACUAAGAACUUACAUGUGCCCUCUACCUCUGCUUAUUUUGCUGCAGGGAAGAGCUGCCCCUUGCAGGCUUAUCAGGUAGCAUUUUGCAUCAGGCAAUGUCCAGAGUAGGCUGUGCUGAUGGAAGGAGGAUGGCUGCUCAGCACCUUCCCAGGGAGGGGAGAAUCUGCAGUAAGAUGCCAUACUCCGCAGCUUGAAACAGCGUGCUUGUCUCUGGUGGAGGAAUCUGUUGCUUUCUCUGAGUCCAGCCUAGCCUCUUUCAUUUAUCAGGCUAGUGUUUGUCUAGCCUAGCAAGGUUUCUGUGCCAAGGCAAGGUAAUCCAAGUCCUUUUUUGAAUCUAACUUUUAACUUGAUUUUUGAAGACGUAGCCUGCAUUGCAUAUACCUGGUAGGAGUGACCUGUUUACUCGAGUUUGUACAAACUGUAUAGUUCUUUUGUAAAGGACCUAGGCCCUCCAUGACUUCAGUUCAUUCUGGCGUAUACGUAACUCCGUCAAAGUUAGUAGGAGUUACUUCCUGUAUUCUGAAAUGGAGAAUAUACUGUAUAUAUUUAUUAAAUUUCAGUGACAGGUACAGUAUGAGUUCCAAGAUGAAGUGUGUGCUGCUCAAAUCAACCAUUGUCAAAUAAUUUUUAAGUGAUUUCAAUGAAUGCAGUGUUUUUACAAGAACUUUAAUAAAUCGUUGUGUAAAUUGGGUUUGGUUGUCUUUAACAUCUUUAAAGUACGUACCAGUGGCCUUACUAAUGCAAAUCAAAUAUUUGCAGUGACAAAAGUAUGCUUCCCUGAAAGCAUUUCUGAUUAUGAGUCUUCCAAAAGAAGUAUAAGAGAAACUAUGAUGUUAUUCUCUCUGAUGAGCCAUCCAUCUACUUUGAGUCCUAUAUUGCUUUAUGACAUUUGGUUCCUCCAUUUUAUUAUUAGCAGAAAUGCAUAAGCAAGAUGUGUAGCACUGUAAAAAGUUCUAUUUGUAAAGCAAAUCUGAACAUGAUUAGCAAAAGGAGACACAGAGUACAUAUAUCGAUUAGAUAAUUUUGACUGGGUUAUAGUUUAAUAAGAAUUAAAAUGACAUUAGUAUAAUAAACAAUUGCACUUUAAAACAUUUGAAAAAUUAAAAAAGUACACAACAAAUACCCCACAAUUAUACAUCUUAUAGUUUUUGUACAUUACUAUAUGAACAUAGAGGUUAAUCAUAUAUAACCUUGUCGGAAGAAAUGGUGUUUUGUGUUUGUAUAAGUUACAAAAAUUUGAGACAAUAUACUACAUAGUGGCUUGUUCAGUUCUUAAAAUAUUUUUGCUGUUUUAAACUGGGUAGUAAUGUUUUGCAUUUAUUUUUACAGUUUUCCAAUACUUUAUCAGAAAUGGUUGCAACAAAGCUAAAGCAAAGUAACACUUCACUUCGUUGGUAUUUAGUGCAAAUUUUUGUUAAUUUAACAUGAAAUGUCACUGUUGCACAUGUACACUUUAGAAAUGUUUCCAUCGAGUACUGCACAUAACAGUUUCCAUUGUUACACUAGAUACCUUUAUGGUUGAAAAAACUCUCUGCUUUGAAGCUUCAGCUUAAGAACAUCCAUAAGGAAAGCUUAUUCUAUGUGCUGUAAAUGGAUUGUAUUGGAAAAUUGCAUCCUUAUGUCAUGCACAAUAGCACCUAACUUUGCUAUGCUUUUCAGAGUAUUUUUAAUCCUGAUUUACUUCGCCUUCUCUGUAUGUCUACCUGGCUCCCCCUCCCAAGGAAUAAUUGUAAAGAUGGA